AUGGCCACCGUGCUGUCCAGGGCGUUGAAGCUGCCAGGGAAGAAGAACCCAGACCUGGGGGAGUACGACCCCCUCACCCAGGCAGACAGCGACGAGAGCGAAGAUGACCUGGUGCUGAACCUUCAGCAGCAGCAGCAGCAGCAGAAGAACGGCGGCGUCAAGAAUGGGAAGAGCCCUCUGGGGGAGCCCGCUGACUCGGACGUGGAGGGCGGGGGGACCCCCAAGCCGCCUCGUCUGGCCGAGGGUCCCCCUGAGGGCUACUCCCCGGGACCCCUGGGGGGGCUGGAGCCGAAGGCCGCCUCGUCCCUCGGGGCCUACCUGAGGACGUCCGUGUUCCUGCUGACGGUGCUGGUCUCCAUCGUCCUGGUGCUCGUAUGCGCCUUUCUGGUGCCCUGCCCACGCCGGGACCCCCGUGGGACGUGGACCCGCCUGCUGGGCCCACCGGGGGAGGGGGCCCUGACGGUGCUGGAGCUGACCGACGCCGGCGGGGACCAGCUGCCUGACGUCCUGCUUUCCUCCUCAGCUGCGGCAAACCUGAGCACACCAGGCGCCUCCAAGCCACUGGCCACACUUCAGGCCUUCUCAGGUCUGAACGGCAGCACCCUUUGGGCCCGCACCCUCCCGGAAGAGGCGCGAGGGGUGCAGUGUUCCAGGCUGGCGUGGCCAGGGGCCUCCGAGAGAGCCACCUGUGUCGUGACAGGGAUGUCCAAGCUGCUGACCACGGCCAGAGCCACCUCAGGGACGGCCGUGUGGACACUCGACCCGGCCCAGCUGGCCAACGGGACUCUGGCAGCCCCGGCUGCAAUCCUCCCGGACGUGGACGGAGACGGGGUCGGCGAUCUCCUGGUGCUGACCAUCGGAGAGUCACAGCUCGACCUGUGCUUCCUGCUGGUCUCGGGGAAGACUGGGACCGCCGUGGGCCGACCCGUGAAGUAUGGCAUCAUGGGAGCAGGGAUGCUAAUUGGUCCACAAGUCCACCUCACCCCCCACGGGGCCAUCUACAUCCUGUUCGGCUUCGGCAAUGUCCAGGCGGUGGCCCUGAGGGACGUCCUGGCCCAGGCCCAGCUCAGGGGUCGCUCCCUGCUGGCGCUGGAUGAGCCCGAGUGGGAGAAGCGCAGGGCCUCUAACCGGUCGGAGGUCAUUGACAUCUACAGCGGCGGCGUGGAGUUCCUUCAGGCCGUGAAGGCUGUGAACACCAAUUGCAGCCACCUCCUGGUGACCACUAAACAGGGGGUGUCCCUACUGCACGGCGAAGACCUCGGGAUCCUCUGGACCCUGGACCUUCCGGACAUAAGCAGCCAGCCGACCCCGGGGUAUUUCACCGACGACCAGACCCCGGACUUCCUGCUACAGGCCCAGAGGGGAGAAGGCGUGAAAAAGGUACUGGUGGUGGACGGCACGUCGGGUGCCACGGUCUGGAGCGCCCGCCUCCCGUGUCACCUCAGGGAGUCAGAUGCCGUCUCCGUCUUGACCUCCGACCGGAAGUCCGUCUUCCUCUUCUGGGCCGAGGGGCUGCCGGCUGGACCUGGCCGUUCGGAUGUCCGCGAGGGAGGGCCCGGCCUCCAGCACCUCUACAUCCUGCACCCGGCCUUCCCCUCGGUGCUCCUGGAUCUGACCAACGUCACGGGCACGGUGACCGCGUCCAAAGUUGGGACGGUCGAUGUCCGGAAGGAUGCGUUCUUUGUGACCAGCAGCACGGGGCCCCGCUCUGCCGGUCACCCGGGGCCUCUGGGCAUCCGCAGCCUGAGCCUGCGGGGGGCGCUGGCGGGGGGCCGGACGACGCCACUGCCGGACACGCCGCCCCCCCCGGCCUCUGGCCGCGGGGACCCACUGAGGCGUCUCCUCUCCAGGCUCAAGUUCGUCCGCUACGAUCACAAGUUCUAGCAUGGUGGCGCAUCCAGUUUGGGGCAGGACCAAAGGCCCCGGGGACUGACCCUCCCCGCAGGAAGUGGCUCUCGGGCAAGUCUGGGAGGACUCGGGUGGAGGGUGGGCCUGGCAGCCCCUGCCCCGGUCGGUCUGACCCCUCCCCACCCACCCAGGGUCCAGUGCAUCCCCGAGGGCUGGGGGGCAGCACCAUCUCUCUGCCCCCCACCCCUCACCCCCUUACCGGCCAGGGGCAACGGACUCCGAGGUUAAAGCUGGGUCCUGAAACCUGAAGAGGACCCUCGGGGCGGCCGACCCUCAGGGAAGACCACCCAGGAACCAGGCUGACCGUGCCCGCUCUCUACCACCUCCCCCAGCGUGCUGCGCCCGGGAGAGGAGGGUGGCCCUCUGGCUCCUCAGGGGCUGCCAUGUCAGGAACCCCCCACCCCCACCCCUUCCUCACCCCCACGCCCCAUCCCACCCUGCCCUGAGGUGGUCUGGAACUGUGAAUGUCCUAGAUGUCUAUUUUUUUGUAUGGGUAAUUUAUUAGCUCAGGCUGAGCAGCUUGGCACCAGGAAGCUAUGGUCCUGCACCAUUCCUCCUGGACGUUCAGUAUGGGGGGCCUGGACCCUUCUGUCUCUCCUCCCCCUGCCCUCUGGUUCCCACUGAUUCCUCCAGCCUCCCCCCACCACAGGCCCCGGUGAGCACCCCCAUCCCCGAGCCCCCCGAGAUCCAGAGUUGGUGGCAGGCAGGGGCGUUGUAAAUAUUUAAGUGUCUAAAGACCCCCAUCCCCUAGCCUGCCGCAGCCCCUGGGUCUUCUUCCUAGCUCUGUUGCCUCUGUAGAUUGAUAAGCCCCAUCCCCCAGUCCGGCUCAGGCCCAGCUUUCUCCUCGGCCACUGCCCACGGGGUGUUCCAGGAUAAAUCCGCAGCUUUCAGAAACCGCACUUCCCUUUGGCCGGGCUGGGGCCGUUUUGGAGGAUGGGUGGGCCCUGGAUGGUGUCCUGCUAGCCGUUACUCUGCCUUCGGGGUCCGGUUGGGCAGCUUGGGCAGGGCCGGGAGAGAUCGUGUCCAGCUGUAAGGGCCCACAGCCAUCAGUCUGGGCCCAGUCACCCCAGCCCAGGCUGGGCCGACUUGUUCUCCACCCUGGGGGUCGCCCCAAUGCACCCCCUCUGUCCACCCCAGCUCCUCCACCCAGACCCCAACCCACCCCGCCUUGGGGGGGGGUCCCACAAAAAGUCAAGGCGGCUAUAAGCAGGUACCGCCUCUCUGCCAUGCUGACCACCCACCCACCAGCCCCGUGGCCGCCCCACCCUGCUCAGGCUGCUUCCCCACCCCAACCUAGGGCCACCCCUGCUAGGAUCUGCUGGGGAAGAGAAGGAUGCUGGGGACCUGAACCGCGACGCCCAAUAAAUCUUGUGU